CAAAUGGAUUAUUUUAUGAUUCAUUUACGCGAAAGGUUCAUUUUGAUAAAUACCCAGCUGGAAAAUUCGCUGCAGGAGAACGACACUUUUAAGUACUCGAACGUGAUACAGGUUAUCUCGAAUUUGGACGUGUAUAGCUUGAAUAAAAUUAAUCACAUACAUUUCACGUUGUAUAAGAUUUCUACGCAGAUUAAUAACGUUUACGGGGCUCAAUUCAUGCUCAUGAUACCGAGAGUGAUUUUUUUCUGCGUGUUACCGGUCCAUUACAAUAUCGUUACAGCUCUGGUACGUGAUUCCAACGAUCACUCGCCUCAAUUGUGGACUCAUGUGUUUACUCUGAUGUAUAUCGUGUUGUUGACUUCGCCGGUAAUUUACGUCGUGAAUGUGGCAUCAAAUACUGUUAAUCAGGCCAAACGAAUUCAUGUUCUGAUUCACGACCUAAUCGACGAGGAUCAGGAAGAGCAAAUUGAAUAUGAGUUGCUGAUAUUUUCAAUACAACUGUUACAUCGUCACAUUGAUUUUUCGGUGCAUGAAUUCUUCAGUUUGAAACCUUCACUAACUACUGCGAUGAUCGAACUUAUAAUCACAUACGUUAUCAUCUUGCUUCAGUUUCAAGACACUUUGGCGUCAAUUUCUCCGAUUCAGUUACUGCUAAGACCAAUCCACAUCGUAGAAGCUAUUUUCAACAAUGAUUUGCUGAUGUCAACGACAUCAACGUACCAAUAUACCGAUUUCACAUCCCUAAUGUUCUACAACUACACUACUUCUGACCUAUCAGAGUAGAAAGUUCAAUUGUAAAGGUCAAUUCGAAAUAAUUACGCAAUGCGCACUACAGUUGAAGAGUUAUAACCGUCAAAAUUAGAAAUAAUCCAAAAAAUACAUUCAUACUGACAUAUUCAAAAAAAAAAUCAAAAGGGGCCAUGUACAGGGUAAAAAAUCACCCCCUUGCCCAAAAAAACCACAACAUUAAACCCAGACACUCCUAAUCUCAAGAAUGAUUUCAAUGAAAAGCGGAGAUUACGUAAUGAGACCCGAAUCGGAAUGUGAUAACUAAGAGUUUCCCGUGCUUAUCUUUUCAACGUCAUAAUCGAUUACGAAGUUUACAUGUUUAUCUUUACUCUUACUUAUUGCAAUAUGAAUAUUAACAUCGAUUAUGUUAAUUUUUCCGUCAACUUACCAAAGGCCAACCAAUGGUAUGUUCAACUCUGCCAGGUUUAUGUUUACUCGGAUCAAUUUCCCAUAUUUCUUUAAUACCGAUACCGUACGUCUGCGAUUCAGCUUGAUCCCUGAGAUUGUAUUUUUGUUCUAGUUGUUUCGUCAGGUGACCACGACAA